AUGGUUCAUCUACCAGAUGAGAUAUUGCUGUACAUCUUGCAAUCUCUGCCGAGUUUGUCAGACUACACACACAAGGCAGACUUUGAAGACUACAAGCAAACGUCGAACACGCUCGCGAAUGUAUGUCAAGCGUCCAGAGUUCUUCGCAAUCUCGCCGAACCAUUGCUCUACCGAGCGUACAUCGAGGAUGGGAACGACUGUGACAGACGCCGAGGUGGCAGCCAGGACGUAUGCAGAACUACCACAAGGUUACAAUCUUUCCUGAAGACGCUGAUCCAUCGACCGGAUUUGGCUGCCAAAGUGGAAUACUUGAGACUUGCAGACUUGCCGGGUAGGUUGGAAGAUAGCCCACCGAAUAUCGAGAUUGGAAAGAUGUUUGCCCAAGCUAGUGAUGAUGUACCCGCCAUAGAAGACACCUCGGACUGGACAGGCAAGCAGACACAACAGUCACACGUAUUUCGGACAAAUUGGCGACGUCAUCUACAGGAUGAUUCAGAGACCGAAGGCGCAGAAGUGGCGCUCCUAUUGACACUUGUUCCGAGCCUCAAAACUCUUGACUUGGGCGCUUCCGAAAGAAAUACUGGAUUGUGUGUUCAAGGGCUCUUCAGAGACAUAGUCCGUACGGACAAGUGGAAACUUGAUUUGACAAGUGAACACAGAGAGGUUCUCGUGUUCAACAGCCAAGGAGUGAACGCCAGCUCACGACUGCAUGUUCUUACAUCGCUGAACACAAUAACUCUGAGCGCGGAAGAAGAGGCUCUGGAAAAUUGGCACUUCAUCACCCUGCUAGCAGCUAUUCCAUCGCUUGAUACUCUAUCAGUGAAUGGAGAAGUGGAGCCGUUUCGUCCCAAUGUCUCCCGGCGCUGGCCUUUUGACCACAUCCAAAAUCUAUCUUUCAAAGGUUGCACGCUCAGCAACCUCGACUUGAGGUCUGUCGUCACGUCAUGUAGAAGCCUGCAAUCCUUGCGCAUUAAGUUCUCGGCCCACAAAGAAGAUAUGAACAUAAAUCUUGAGACCCUGCUGAGUUACCUUCAUGACAGCUCCGAAACUCUGCAGGAGCUCCAAUUGUUCAAGCCUAGUGGAUAUCCCGCAACCAUAAUCACACCCGAUGCCUUCGACCUUCGUCCCUUCACCCAAUUGAAAGUGCUGGAAAUCAACUUUUAUUUCCUCUUCGACCCUUCUUCAGAUACGGAGCCCUCUUUCACCAACCUACUGCCAACUUCGCUUGAAGAUAUCUACUUCCGCAUGGGUGACAACAGGUUUUCAAAGCAUCUGCGAGUGUUGUCUGAAGAGUACGAGAGCUUUCCGAAUCUCAAGAUUGUCGAUAUUGGUGUUGACGACAUGCCGAAUAUUCAAGCUAUGGAUCGGGAAGAGGUGGACUGGAAGCUGGCGCUGAACGAUUGUGCAAAGGCGUUGAGGAAAGCAGGCAUCGAUUGCAAUGUACCCAUUGAAGGUACUCGUUUCAAUCUUUCGUGCGGCGAUGAUUAACUUAAAAUCUCCUGCUCAUAAUGUAGAGAAGCAGUUCGUGCGGAAGCCGCUCAUUGCACGAUCAUCAACUGAUAUCAAUAAC